AUGGGUCGUCGAGUCGUCUCCGGCGGCUGUCACCCGGUGGAGCGGAAAAACGGCAACUUUGCGGCUCUCUGGCGGCUGUCACCCGACGGAAAGGAGCUGGAUGGAGGUGGGGCGUGUGUCAGGGAGCUUCAUCCUCAGGUCCGCGCAGCAAGAGGAGGCUCUUCAUCGCAUCUGGUACGCUCUCAGGAGGUGGCGACUCGUCUCCCGGCGGAUCGUCCUCUUCUCGACGACGGCUUGUUAGUCGAUCAAUCGGAGAUCAUUUACUCGAUGGAUUUGCGAUCCUUUUAUUGCGAAUCCUUCAGCAAUUUUAGUAGUAAUGCUCCACGAAUCGCGUUGGCGAGAUUUUCGCCGAUGAUCCAGCGAUUCUCGUUGCUUAAUCCUUCACCGGCGAUUUGUAGGAAAGUCACGAUAAUCAGAUAAAACUAUAUGACUUUUGACUCUGAAAAGACUCGAACCCGCGCCAGUCGCCUACCUCUUCUAAGGAAGGUGUGACGCGGGUUUAGUCCCACAUUGGUUGUGCGCCGAUUUUUCGGACGAAUAUAUAGUAAUGUUAGCUUUUUAAGCAAAGUCCCUUCUCUCGCGUGUUCGACCACUCUUUGUCCCACAGCCGGCUAGCCACCGGUGAUGUGGAAGGGGAGUGGCACACAUGUGCCCCUAUCAGUCCAAGCCGCUCGAGCCCCUACUCGCGGCUACUCCCCGACUGAGCUUCCGACCCACUUACGGGCCCGGCUGGCCGGCGGGUCCCCCCAUUUUACAAUAUUUUAGUUUUAUUUCUUUUUCUUCAUUUAUCUCAAAAGUAAGACUGUAAAAAUCAUAUAAAUUCGUAUAAAAUCACAUAAUUACCCAAAAAAUCACAUUAAUCAACUGAAAACCAAUUUUCACACUUUAACAUAAAUAUAAGUCUAUUUAUCACGAGUUAAGGCUAAAACUAUAUUAUUUACUAAUUAUUAACUCAUGAUAAUGAAGACUUAUCAACUAUAAUACCUUUAUAAAGUGACAUCAUCAUGGUAUAUCGUUGUUAUAACUAAGGGGUAUUUGGGAUAUUAAAAUAAUCGACACUAUUCUGAGAAAAAUGUGACGUAGGUUUAGUCCCACAUUGAUUGUUCGCUGAAGUUUUUUAUGAAUAUAUAAUAAUAUCACAUUUAGAAGCAAUGAGUCCCUUUCUCGUGUGUUUAUGACCACUCCUUACCUCAUAUUCGGUUGGCCAUCGGUGACGUAAAAGAAGAGUGAAUGCACAUGAGCCCCCAUCAAUUUAUAGUCGCUCGAGCCCUUGCUCGCAGCUCUACCUCGACUAUGCUUCCGACCCACUUGCAGGUUUGGUUGGCUGAUGGGUCCUCUCUUUUUUCUAUCUUAUUAUUUUCUUUUUCUUUUUCUUCAUUUAUCUCAAAAAUAGGAUUAUAAAAAUCAUAUAAAUUCACAUAAAAUCACAUAAUUAGUCAAAAAUUCACAUCAAUUAAUUAAAAUUUACUUUUAAAAAAUUAACACAAAUAUAAAUUUAUUUAUCAUGAGUUAAGGCCAAAACUAUAUUAUUUAUUAAUUAUUAACUCAUGAUAAUGAAAAUUUAUCAAGAAGAGUCUUGAAUAAUUACAUAGUACGAUUGAUAUUUAUCUUAUUGGCAUACAUGAUCUCCAUUGUGAGCCAGAGUUAUAGGAUAAACUUGAUAUGAGCAAGGAGCUCGACGAUCAUUUGCUUAAUACUUUAAAGCAUCUAAGUGACUAUAACAGAGGUAAUUUGAGAUCAAGAAGUAUAAGUUGGGUCGACGAUGAUCAACAAAUCAUUCAUUAGAUGAUGAAGCAGAUUGUGGGACAUAAUAAAGUACUUGAAACUUGAUCUCUACGACAUAUAAUUGAGACUGUUGAAGAGGUAUGCUAGCCAAGUUAGUUGCACCAUGAUGGAGUGCCACGAGGAAAGAAGUGAUGUGAGAAAAGGAGUGCCAACAGUGGAGGCACUUAGACUAGAAAUGAGGCCAUGGGAUGAGGUCUUUGAAGUGGAGAAGAUGCAUUAUUUUAGUCCAUAAUGAUGAUGGGAAACAACGUACCAAUGUAAGUACAAAAACAUGCAUUAAAGGGUGACACAUAAUAGGAGAUGGUGUGUGGCAAGAAAACGGUGUGAUGGGAGGUGGUACAACAUGAGAUAAUACCAUGAGAUAUUGAGAGAUACUGUGAGAUACCAUAGUGGUAGAUAUCAAGAGAGUGGGAGGGGCCAUGUCGAUAGUUGCUAUGAUGGUAGGGGCCAUGGCAAGAGGGGCUGCGAUGGUAGGGGCCGUGAUGGCAAGGGGGGGGGGGGGGGGGGUGCUAAGGGGCCAUGAUGGUAAGGGCCAUGAUGGUAAGGGCCAUGAUGGUAGGAUGCCACAAUAUUAGGGCAAGUGCCGGCGUGCUAGUUGCAUGUGGUGCAAUAGCAAAUUUCAGCAGUGCAGUUAAUGGCAACGCACAUUAGAUGGUGGCGUGUAGUAGAAGAUGACACAUAGAGAGAGAGGAGAACACCCAAAGGAUGCGGCAACAAUGAUAUGAUGAUGAUGAUAGGUGUGGCUGUACCGACAUAAUGAUGAUUGGAAAGAACCUUAGGGCUAUGAUACCAUGUUGACAAGAAUAGUUAAACCCUAAGAUUAGAUUAACUAUAGAUGAAGAGAUACAUAUAUUUAUAUAGGUGAGAGAAGAGAGAGAUAAUGGGCCCAAGUGGGCCACAUAGAGGAGAAUGUACGAACAAUUGUGGAUUCAAAGGUCACUCUAGUUAUUAAUGUUGUAUUUUCAUACCAUAAAUCAUUAUUUUUUACUUUUCAUGUUCCAUAAUAAAUGUUAAAUUGUCACAUAGAUGAGUUAGAAUGACUUUACGAUACAAAACAAGCAUAAGUAUAAAGGUGACAUAGUAGAAUGGUGGUAGAGGGUAGAUGAUGUAGUGAUGGGACAACAAGCAACACCAUAAGAACAAUAGCAAGUGAGGUGACAACAAUAGUUGUGUGGGGACUAUGGUAGCAUUAUGACGAGCUCUCCCAUGUCUAAUGGGUGAUAUAGUAGAUUAGAGGCAGCAAGUGGCUCAACAACGACAAUAAUACAAUGGUGACCUCUCCCUCCUAUCUAUUGGGUGACAUAGUAGAGCAGCAGCACCAAGCAGCAGCAGCACAACAAUGAGCUCUCUUUCAUGUUCAUUCUCUAUUUGGGUGACACAGUAGAGGAGCAUAAACCUCCCUUUCACCCUCCGUUUCAUUAAUUUGAUGUUUUACUAUCAUUUGUAGACUAGAGUUCAGCUUGCAUUUGUCUCCCAUUGAUCUUUGGGUGACAUAAGGAUUAGAGGGUGACUCUUCCACAUUAUUCUCACUCUUUGCUAGGUGACACAAUGAAGAAAUGAGAUUCCCUUAUUAUUUUGCUUAGUACUCUCUUUGGUACUCUUGGUUUAGAUCACACUUUUCUUCUAGUGAUCUUUGGGUGACUCAAGGAUCAAGGGAAGGGAAGUUAUUUUCAAUGAAAAUAUGUAUUGCAUUUAGCUUUAGCACAUUUAUGGGAUCAAUCAAAAACAUAUAAUAAUUAAUCACCCUUAUUGUUUGACCAUCUAUAUGGAAACAACCUAAUUCCAUUAAACGGUUUAUUUAAUUUUCUUAGAAUUUAGUUUAUAAAUUUUUAUUUUAAAAAAUUAUUUAUGUUUAAUAGGCAAUGAUUGAAGAUUCUAAGUCUUAUGAAUUCAAUACUUAGUUUCUAACUCUUCAAAGUUUUUAGGUUCAUUACUUGUGGGUUAAAGAUUUAAAUCAUCUACUUCUUUUGACUUUUGUUGCAUCAAUUGAUAUUAGAACAAACUUUCAAGAUUUCAAAUUAACUCUUAUAAAGAUUCAACACUUAUGAUUGCACAACUUGUGAGGUAUGUGCCAUAUUUAGGAUGGAACCUUAUAAAAUUUCAUUAAAUUAUUUGUUAGAUCAUUUUAGAUUUGCAUCAUAGGUUGGUACAAUUUCUUUUGAAGAUUAGAACAUUGAAACAUCAUUUACGUUUGAAUACUGAUUAACAAAUGAAAAUGAGAUGAAGCACUUGAUUUGAAGAUGGUCAACGAAAUAAAUUUUUGUGGGCAUAAAUAUUGCUUCAUUCAUAAAGGAAUAUAUAAAAGAAGAUAUUAUGUAAUUGACUUUAUUGGUUGUGAAGAAUCUGAUGUUUAGAUUGAAGGAAGGUCUACAGUUCAGAAUAUUUUCAAAAUGCAAUGCAUAGUUAGUCAAAAUGUGUGUGAUGUUACUAUUGAUAGUGUCAAUGAUAAAAAUUAUGUCUUCAACUAUGGUUUGAAAGUUAGGGCUAAAGAGUGAGAGACACCCAUAUACUUUUGAAAUCAUGUGGAUCAUUUUUUUUUGAAACAAGUAUCAUAAAAAAAAAAUGGUGAAAUUUUCAAUUGGCUGACAUAAAUGUAAGUUGACAUAAAUGCUUGUCACAUGCUUUUAGGAAGUCCUUAAUAGUUUGACAUAUUUGUCAUGCAUUCUUAUAGGAAAAAUCGUUAUUUUUUAUCAAAGUGGCAAGAAAAUUACUCAUCAUAAUAAAGGAGAGUGGGGUUUGCAGUAUAAUGAUCGAACUAUUUUGUUGGUUUAUUUGAUUUUCACUUAUUUGUAACCUUAAUCAUAACAUUAUUUAUCCUAUUUCAGAUAGCAAAUGGGUUAGUCCUACACAAGUAGUGCCAAAAAAAUCAGGGAUCACGAUUAUACAAAAUGAAAAAUGGGGAUGAAAUACAAACAAGAUUAACUACCGGUUGGAGGGUUUGCAUUGAUUAUAGAAAAUUAAAUUCAGUUACUAGAAAAGAUCAUUUUCCCCUACCAUUUACUAAUCAAAUUCUAGAAAAAUUAGUUGGAUUUUUUUUUUUUCUGGAUGGAUACUCUGGUUAUAAUCAAAUUUAAAUAAGCCCUUUAGAUCAAGAAAAAAUAACUUUCACUUGUCCAUUUGGUACUUUUGCUUUUAAACGCAUGCCUUUUGGUCUGUGUAAUGCUCCAGCCACAUUUCAAAGAUGUAUGCUGUCUAUUUUUUCUGAUAUGAUUGGAAAAAGCAUAGAAAUUUUUAUGGACGAUUUUUCUGUUUUUGGUGAAUCAUUUGAUGAAUGCAUAAAUCAUUUACAGUAUGUACUUGAGAAACGCAUAGAGAAAAAAUUAGUUUUGAGUUGGGAGAAAUCACAUUUUAUGGUUAAAGAGGGAGUUGUGUUGGGUCAUAUUGUGAGUAAAAGGGGUUUAGAGGUGGAUAGAGCAAAAAUUGAUAUUAUAUCUAAAAUGAAACCUCCAAAUUUAGUAAAAUAGAUUAGAUCUUUCUUGGGUCAUACAGGUUAUUACAGAAAAUUUAUUCAAGAUUUUUCGAAGAUUUCUAAACCUCUUACUAUGCUAUUAUCUAAAGAUGUGCCUUUUAAUUUUGAUGAGAAAUGUUUUGAGUCUUUUUCCGAAAUAAAAAGAUUACUUACUGAGGCACCCAUUUUACAAGCUCCUGAUUGGUCCCUUCCCUUUGAAAUAAUGUGUGAUGCAUCGAAUUAUGCAGUGGGGGCCAUUCUAGGACAAACAAAAGAGUCAAAACCCAUAGUAAUUUCAUAUGCUAGUAAAACUAUAUCCGAUGCUCAAUUAAAUUAUACCACAACUGAAAAAGAGUUGUUAGUUGUAGUAUUUUUAUUAGAAAGGUUUAGAUCAUAUAUUUUGGGAGCUAAAAUUAUUAUUUAUACUGAUCAUGCAGCAUUAAAAUAUCUGUUAAAUAAGAAAGAUGCAAAGCCACGUUUAUUAAGAUGGAUUUUAUUGUUGCAGGAAUUUGACUUAGAAAUAAAAGAUAAAAAAGGUUUCGAGAAUGUUGUUGCUGACCAUCUUUCUAGAUUAAGUGAUACAGGAAUAAAUGCAGCACCUUUACAAGACGUAUUUCCAAAUGAACAAUUGAUGGCAGCUCAACAUCAACCAUCACCAUGGUAUGCACAUAUUGUUAAUUUUCUGGUUUCUGGAAAAACUCCAGAACAGUGGGAUAAGAACAGAAAACAUCAUUUCUUUUCUAAGAUUAGAAAUUAUUUUUGACAUGAUCCUGAUUUAUAUUACUUGGGCAAUGAUCAAAUUUUAAGGAGAUGUGUUCCUGAAGAAGAAUAUCAUAGCAUUAUUAACAUGUGCCAUUCAUCUAACUGUGGAGGACAUUUCUCUAGACAAAAAACAGUUGCAAAAAAUUUUCAGUGUGGUUUUUAUUAGCCUACAAUCAUUAGAGAUUCUAUAGACUUUAGUAGAACAUGUAUUUCAUGCCAAUCUAUAGGUAACAUGAGUAAAAAAGAUGAAAUGCCCAUGAGUAACAUGUUAGUAGUCGAAAUUUUUGAUGUAUGGGGAAUAGAUUUCAUGGGUCCCUUCCCAUCAGCUGAAAAAUAUGAAUAUAUUUUGCGUGUUGUUGAUUAUGUGUCGAAGUGGGUGGAAGCUAUUCCUACUAGAAUUAAUGAUCAUAAAAUCGUGAUGAAAUUUGUGUAGGAAAAUAUUUUUUCGAGAUUUGGAUGUCCUAGAGUGAUUAUUAGUGAUGGAGGAACACAUUUUACAAAUAAACAUUUCAGUGAACUGUUGAAAAAGAAUAGAGUACACCAUAGAGUAGCCACUCCAUAUCAUCCCCAAACAAAUGGACAAGCUAAAGUAGCAAAUAGGGAAAUUCAGAGAAUUUUGAGAAAAAUAGUUAGACCAGAUAGGAAAGAUUGGCCCACGAAAUUACAAGAUGCAUUAUGGGCUUAUAGAACAGCUUAUAAAAAUCCCAUAGGUAUGUCCCAAUUUCGUCUCAUUUUUGGAAAGCCAUAUCAUCUUCCUGUGGAAAUAGAGCAUAAAGUAUUAUGGGCUAUAAAAAAUUUAUGUAUGGAUGAAAAAUCAGCUGGUGGGCAUAGAAUUUUUCAGCUACAUGAACUAGAGGAGUUGAGGAAUGAAGCUUAUAAAAAUCAUAGAAUAUAUAAAGAAAAAAUUAAAAAUUUUCAUGAUAAAUACAUUAGCAGAAAAAAAUUUGAUGUUGGACAAAAAGUGUGGUUAUAUGAUUCUAGGCUGAAAUUAUUCCUAGGAAAAUUAAAAUCAAAAUGAAAAGGGCCUUAUGUGGUGGAAGAGACAUAUGAUCAUGGGGCUGUAAUGAUUAAAGAUCCUAAAAGUGAUCAAACUUUAAGGUAAAUGGACAGCGGCUUAAACAUUAUAUAGAACGUGAACGCCUUGCAGAAAAAGAAAUUUUAUUAUUAAAAGAAAUUCAAGAGUAAGAUCAAGGAGUCCAGCUGGAGACAUUAAAUUCAGCGCUUCAUGAGAGGCAACCCAUGGUUUUUAUUUCAUUCUGUUUGAUUUUUUUUAAGCUCUGUUUUUCUUAGAAUUUUGCAGUACUUAUUUCUGCAUUUGUUUUUUUCAAAAAAGUGCAGGAGGAGGCAUGUAAGACGAAGUGGAAAAUUAAAAACGAGGUCGAGGUGAUGUCUUUCGGAGCUUUAUCAUUUAUGACAAUAUUUUUAAAUGCUAAACUUUGCAUAUAUGCAUGCUUCACUUGAAAAUUAUAUUUUCUGCAUAUUCUGUUUCGAUUUUUCUGUGUCAUUGAAGACAAUGUCAUUUUUAAGUUGGGGGGUGAAGUAUUCAUUAUUAAUUUAUGCUGUAAGACGAUUAAGAACAUGUGUUUGCAUUUUAUUCAACUUAGAACAGCAAUUAAAAAAAAUAAAAAAAAUUCGGAAAAACUGCAACAUCUAUUUUUUGGUUUUCUGUCAAGAACAAUAGACUGUCAAAAACAACAGACGAAAAAACUUUUCUCACAUUUCAAUCCCCUAGACAUAUAUUACUGAAAUUCGAAAUUACAGCUAUAAAGAAGAUAGUUUUGAUUUAUUUUUGACAAAUUUAUUGCUGCUAAAAUAGAACUGAAAACAGAAAAUAGAACUAUCAGAACUAUCUAAUUUACAAAUUUCUUACAUCAUAUUGCAUGCAUGAAAAAUUAAAUCAAUUAGAUUGAUUGAUACCAAAAGAUACUAGGAAGAUUAUUAUUGAGUCAAAAGAAUGAUCUAGUAGCAUGAAAUGUUGGAAUACUCCUUGGAUACAUGAUAGAUAACAUGGAUUUGAUUUUACAAAUUUUCACUUCAUGAUCUUGAUGGAUAAUAUUUAUUUGAUGUGAAAAUUUGAUUGAUCAUUUGAGUUUAAUGGAGAUUUUUGCACCGUGAUAUAUAGGACUUGUGAGGAGAAAUCACUUAUUUCGAAAAAAAAAAAGAGAGAGCAAUGUGAAAAAUCUAGAAACGAAGAGUACACAUGGAGGGUGUGAGACAUCAUUCUCAUUGUCGAAAAUCGUGUAUAGAAAAACACUUGCUGCAAAAUAAGUGGAUAAAGUGAAAGCCCUGAAAAUGAAGAGUACACAUGGAGGGUGUGAGACAUCAUUCUUAUUGUCAAAUUUUGUCUACAAGAAAAGCUACUUAUCCACUAUAUAUAAAGAAAGAAGAAAUAUAGUGCAAACUUCAAAAAUCAAGCCAUAGAAAAAGGAAAAUGUAAGAUCAAUAUUAUUCUUGGAUGAGUAUUGAUAAUUGGAACAUCCUGUAAAUACAUCAAUGAGUGAAGAAGUGAUAAAGAUGUGAAUAGAAGAAGUGAAGUCUAGAUUGUUAUUCCAAGGAGUGUUUAAACAUUUAAGUGCUUGACAUCAUUCUUAAAUACUUGAUAUAAGAAUCCAAAGUGUCUAAAGGUGCAUCAUUUCUAAUUGUAUUUUUUUCUUUCUAUAUUGAAAUAUGAUGUUUGAGAUUUGUAAAUUUUUAUUUUCGUAAUUCCAUUGUUAAGGGACUAGCAAUGAUUUAAGUUGGCGGGUGUGAUAAGUCUUCAUUAUCAUGAGUUAAUAAUUAGUAAAUAAUAUAGUUUUAGCCUUAACUCGUGAUAAAUAGACUUAUAUUUAUGUUAAAGUGUGAAAAUUGGUUUUCAGUUGAUUAAUGUGAUUUUUUGGGUAAUUAUGUGAUUUUAUACGAAUUUAUAUGAUUUUUACAGUCUUACUUUUGAGAUAAAUGAAGAAAAAGAAAUAAAACUAAAAUAUUGUAAAAUGGGGGGACCCGCCGGCCAGCCGGGCCCGUAAGUGGGUCGGAAGCUCAGUCAGGGAGUAGCCGCAAGUAGGGGCUCGAGCGGCUUGGACCGAUAGGGGCACAUGUGUGCCACUCCCCUUCCACAUCACCAGUGGUCAGCCGGCUGUGGGACAAGGAGUGGUCGAACACGCGAGAGAAGGGACUUUGCUUAAAAAGCUAACAUUACUAUAUAUUCGCCCGAAAAAUCGGCGCACAACCGAUGUGGGACUAAACCCGCAUCACACCUUCCUUAGAAGAGGCGGGCGACUGGCGCGGGUUCGAGUCCUUCUAGAGUCAAAAGUCAUAUAGUUUUAUCUGAUUAUCGUGACUUUCCUGCAGAUCGCCGGUGAAGGAUUAAGCAACGAGAAUCACUGGAUCAUUGGCGAAAAUCUCGUCAACGCAAUUCGCGGAGCAUUGCUACUAAAAUUGCUGAAGGAUUCACAAUAAAAGGAUCGCGAAUCCAUCGAGUAAAUGAUCUCUGAUUGAUCGACGAACAAGCCGUCGUAGGGAAGAGGACGAUCCGCCGAGAGACGAGUCGCCACCUCCUGAGAGCGUAUCAGAUGCGAUAAAGAGCCUCCUCUUGCUGCGUGGACCUGAGGAUGAAGCUCCCUGACACGCGCCCCACCUCCAUCUAG